GAGUGUGUGACAGUCUCUAAAUAUAUUUCGUUACUCUUCCAUGUAAAGGUAUGAAAAGUAUCUUUGUUGCAUUGAUUUCCCGUCGGACAUUUUACCACUGCGGGACUUUUGAUGACUCUUGGCGAUUUUACAUGAUGCUUUGGAAAUACAAUGAGGUGAAAAACAAUUAAAUGUUUUAAGACAUAUUUUAGCGUCAUGUAUGUUUAUGGAAUAACUCAUAGCUAUGGAAUAAUCCAAAUCAGCCAGAUCGGCUACGCAAUUUGCUGAAAGUAAUAACUUACAAGUUAAAUAGCUAUCAAGUCUUGUACAAAAUGAAUAAUACAACAAUAAACAAGGAUACAUUGCUUGAACAGCUUAACAACGAAAAGGCAGUUCUGAUGAUACCUGCUUUUGUGUAUUUGGUGGUUUUAAUGCUGACUGGAAUAAGUGGCAAUGUUUUAAUUUGCUACUACUACGGUUUCAAAUCGAGAAGAAGCUCAGAUAAUAUGUUUAUUCUCGGUGUUGCGAUGUAUGAUCUUAUCUCAUGCACUUUGUCGAUUCCAAUUGAAAUUGUGGACAUAAGAUUUUUCUACAAUUUCCCUUACGCCGGUGCUUGUAAAGUUAUGAGAUUUGUGACCUACUUUGUGGCAAUUGGCAGUGUGUUUACACUAAUAGUAAUUGCUAUUGACAGGUAUAGAAAAAUUUGCAGACCAUUCAAGAAGCAGUUUAGAAGGAAAGAGGCUAAAAUUGUAUGUGGAAUUUCUAUUCCAUUUUCGUUGUUGCUGUCCUGGCCUGCAGCCGUAUUCUACACGUCUGUACCUGUGGAUAUAUUGACAGAGGAUGGCAUCGAACUGCAAGGUUUUGACUGUACAACUACAAGAGAAGCCUCAUACAAGAUAUAUAUCUGGAUUUUCAAUGGAUUUUUUCUUCUUUGUUUCAUAAUUUCGGCCAUUAUACUUUUUGUGUUGUACGGUCUUGUUGGAAGAACUAUAUAUAAACACAACAAAUCACAAAUUAAGUACACUCAACCACAGUCGCCAGUCUCUCAUACCGUUGAAAGUCAUGUGACCGAUAACAACAGUCCAAAGGUAAACGUGAACAAAAGAAAGACAAGUCAUGGAACAGAAGGUGUCAGUCAAGCUCAUUCUACAGGAAGUGAACUUCACACUGAAAUUGUUCCCGACAAGGCAAACGAACACGUUAGCGUCAGAACUAUGAAAUUUACAACAGUAAUGUUUGUUAUAACGACAGUAUUUAUUGUUAGCUUUUUGCCACACCUGGCUUUGUCGCUCUGGAGAGCAUUCCAGGGCACAUAUGAAGGGGAAACUCUCUCCGGCGCUGGAUUAGUUGCCUUUCAAAUUGGUCUGCGAUCAUAUUUGCUGAAUUCAGCAAUUAACCCUUUAACCUACGGAUGUUUUAACUCAAAAUUUCGAGCAUUUUUCUACAUGACGUUCUGUCCGUGUUGCAAAUGGUUAACUGAUAGGCGCACGGAUUUCUCGAGCUCUAGUACAACUGUACAGUAUGAAAUGCACUCCAUGACCUCCCACUGAAAUUCUUUUAUAGAGAACGUUCAUAUGUCAUACAUGAUAUCUCUAAUUAUCAUAUAUUAAUCAAACCUUAAUACAUUCAAUGUCAGAUUGAAUAGUUUAAGGUAAAAUAUGUAAAACGUAUGUGCUGGUAUUAAAUACUGUUAGUAUAUAAAUGUGUAUAAAGGUUGUAAGUAUCUUGUCUAUGACCUUGGCCUUAGGACCCGAAUCUUCUAUGCUGUCAUGGAUUCCCAAGCAGGUGCGACAUUACUUCACAUCAUGUUUCGGUUAAAAAGUUACAUAUCUGAGCCACGUUUUAAUGCACGUAUAAAUACUAGUAAAGAUAUAUGAAUGUAAACGAAAGCUAUAAGUGUCCUUGUC